AACAGAGUCAGACUCUGUCUCAAAAGAAAAAAAAAAACAAUUGCAUCUCAUCUACCAGUAGACACUGACUAACUGACCCCCUAUUGCAUAAGCCAUAGUUAUAGCUUUGAUUAUUAGAUAAGAGACUAAUUUCUUUUUUUUUCCUUUUCAUGUCAGAUAAGUAAUAUGCUGAUGUACGUAACAAGGUUUGAAGGAGGCACAUCUCACAUAUAAAUGUACAAACCCAGUCAUCACUCUUAUGAACUACAAAAGGAUCAAGAGACUGAUGACUCAGUGGCCUUUGAACAUGUGUUUGUGAACUUCACCCUGGAGGAGUGGGCUUUGCUGGAUCCUUCCCAGAAGAAUCUCUACAGAGAUGUGAUGUGGGAAAGUUUGAGGAACCUAGCCUCUGUAGGAAAAAAAUGGAAAGACCAGAACAUUGAAGAUCAGUACAAAAAUCCCAGGAGAAAUCGAAGAAGUCUUCUGGAAGAGAGAGUGUGUGAAAGUAAAGAAGGUAGUCAGUGUGGAACAACCUUCAGCCAGGUUCCAGAUCACAUCCUGAACAAGAAAACUCCUCCUGGAGUAAAACCAUGUGAAAGCAGUGUGCCUGGAAAAGUCUCCAUUGGUCAUUCAUCCCUUAAUAGGCACAUCAGAGUUGACAGUGGACACAAACCAUAUGAGUAUGAGGAAUUUGGAAAGAAGCCAUACACACAUAAGCAAUGUGAGAAAACCUUCAGUUAUCGUGACUCGUUUAAAACACAUGAAAGGCCUCAGACCGGAGAGAAACUCUAUGAUUGUAAGGAAUGUGGAAAAUCCUUUAUUUCUCUUGCAAAUGUUCGAAGACACAUGGUAAUGCACACUGGAGAGGGUUGUUAUAAUUGUAAGUUUUGUGGGAAAGCCUUGGAUUGUCUCAGUUUAUAUCUCAUACAUGAGAGAACUCACACUGGAGAGAAACCAUAUGAAUGUAAACAAUGUGGUAAAGCCUUUAGUAAUAACGCUACCCUUCAAAUACAUGAAAGAACUCACACUGGAGAGAAGCCAUAUGAAUGUAAGGAAUGUGGGAAAGCAUUUAAUAGUCCCAGUUCCUUUCUUAGACAUAAAAGGACUCACACUGGAGAGAAACCCUAUAAAUGUAAAAAAUGUGGUAAAGCCUUCAUUUGUUCGGGUUCCUUUCGUAGACAUGAAAGAACUCACACCAGAGAAAAACCAUAUGACUGUAAGCAAUGUGGGAAAGCAUUCUCUCAUCUUCUAAGCUUUCAAAGACACACGAUAAUGCACACUGGAGAUGGACCUCAUAAAUGUAAGAUAUGUGGAAAAGCCUUUUAUACUUCCAGUUCCUUUCGAAGAUAUGAAAAAAGUCACACUGGAGAGAAGCCCUGUCAAUGUAAACAAUGUGGGAAAAGCUUCCGUUGUUCCAGUUUGAUUCAUAAAAGGACACACACUGGAGAGAAGCCUUAUGAAUGUAAGCAAUGUGGUAAAGCCUUCACUUGUUCUAAGUACUUUAGAAGACAUCAAAGGACUCAUACUGUAGACAAACCCUAUGAAUGUAAGGUGUGUGGCAAAAUCUUCAUUCAUUCCAGUACCUGUCAAAGACAUGAAGUAACUCAUACUAUUAAUGUAUGAGAGAAAUACUAUUUGGGGAAGGAAUUUGGAAAGCAUUCAGUUGUCCCCAGUUCCUCUCAAACACAGGAAAAGAGGGUAGAGAAAGACCCAAUGAGAUAAUUGACUUUGAAUUAAGAAGAAAGCCUUGUAAUAGGACAAUAAAAUCUACAGUUGGAGUUGGAUCUCUGGAUUACAUGUUGGGACCUAGAUUUCCCAGAAUCUAUUCCAUUUAUGAUUCCAUGGUACAAUUCACCAGUAGCUUGUUUCACAUGAGAUUUUGAAGGCAAACAUGAAGAAGGCAUUAGUUCCAUUUUGGAGGCACCACGCAGGGAGACAGACAGAUUCAUAUGGGUUGUACAGUACCCGAUUCCAGCCCAUUUUCCUGAUUCUUUGACUUACCAAUCAAGAGUAUCCUCAAAAUCACUUGACUAAUUAUUUCUUUGGUGUUUCCAAAGAUAUCCUUAGAAGUUUCACAUGUAUCAACAGUUUUGUUUUUUUCAGGCAUUGUAAUGUGUUUAACCAGGCAAUUAAUUCAGACUGUUAUGGGUGGUAGUGUUCUCAGGUGCUCUUAUGUAUAGAUGGAAUUGGCAUAAGGCAUAAUUUGUAUUUCACAUACCAUUGUGCCUAUUAGUAGUGACUCUGUUCUUGAGUUGGGAUGAUAGCUGUAAUGCCACUAUUAAAACCAUGUAGGUGGGAGCUUGUUCCUCUGCUGUAUUAUGCAGUGAACUGCUCUCACCCAGUAAUUUCAUGUGAGAAUAAGCACCUUCCUUUUGUCAGGAUAUUUUAUUUGUUACCUGUUAUUCACAGUUACAUAUAA